AUGUCAGUUGUGGAGGAGGUCCAGGAGAUCAUCACCCGGGCACUGCCUGACCAACCAGAAGCCGAGACGAUCAUUUUACGCCUGCUGGACAUGGGGUUAAGUGACAGCCAGGUUUCUCCCCAGCCUACAAGAAAGCCAUGGCCACAGUCCUUCCAGGUCCCGUGGAACCUUAUGCCCUCUGAAAUUCGCACUGCCGUGUCAUCUGAUAAGAGACCAUCACCAGCUGCACGGCGCCAGAUGGUGAGGAUAGUUGCAGAUGAGAUGAGGAAGUAUGAUCCCAAUCCAAGUCGUGCAGAGUGUUUAAUAGUUUGUCGGAGCAUUGUUCAUCAAUACCCUAACAGUUUUGCCGAUCUUCGUGAAAAUGGACAGUUCCUUGAUGGUGGUUGCUCAUCUCUCGUGAUACAAGUUAAAAAUCGACUUGAAAACUUGAACCGAAACAGCACUAUCCGACAAUACCGUGCAGCCAGCAAUGGACAGAAACGAGGUCCUACUGACACUUACGGGUGCACGCAGUUUCAACCCAGCCUCCCUACAGACGAAUCUGAGGAGUCAAUGGAGUCUAAACGUCAGCAAUUAGAGGGAAUUUAUAGUCAUAAUGGUAUACAUGGUGCUGAUAGAGCAGAGGUGAAGCAACUGAUGGACAUUACAUUCUACCUGCAGCGAUGUCAUAUAAAUGCCUUGCCGCCACCAACCAUAGCGCAUCUAAAAACAAAGUGGCCAUACUUGUUUACUCAAAAAGGUUUCAUCUCACACUUCCAACUUCUCACUGAUGUCUGUCUUCUUCGUACCCUUGCGAUUGCCAUGGAGGAUUGUGGCAACAUCAUUGUGGAAAUGCUUAAAGCCAAGCCAACAAAUGCAGGAGUCAAAGACAUUCUAAAUCAGGCUGAUGCCGAGCUUCCUUAUAAGAGGACAUCUCAGGACUAA